AUGAAUUGCUUCACUGUAUCAAUGUGGAUGACUGACAAAAGGUACUUUGAACUUUCUCCGGCUGAUGCAGCGGUUCGACUGGACUUGAUUGCAAAAGUUCAUGGAGUGGAACAAGCUGAGAGUUAUUUUGACAACAUUCCCAUACAAUUGAAAUCGCUUGGGGUGUACUUGGCUCUGCUCAACUGCUAUGCCCAUGCAAAGUUUGUUGAGAAAGCGGAGGCCACAAUGCAGAAGAUUAGGGAUUUGGGGCUCGCUAGGACGUCGUUGGCUUACAACAAUUUGCUCAAUUUGUAUUAUCAGACUGGAAAGCGUGAUAAGCUUGAUGUGCUGGUGAAUGAAAUGGAGGAGAAGGGCAUCCAGUGUAACAAAUUCACAUACGGGAUCCUGCUCAGUGCAUAUGCUGCUGCUUCUGACUUUGAGGCAGUUGAGAAGAUUCUUGCACAAUGGGAAUCACAUCCUGAUUGUCGUUUGGAUUGGAUUAACUAUGCGGUUGUGGCAAAUGUUUAUAUAAAAGCAGGAAAUGAGGACAAGGCUUUGGAAAUGCUAAAGAAGUCUGAGGAGCUGAUACCAAGUUCUGAAAGACGGAGGGAAGCAUACGAGCACCUUGUGCCACAAUAUGCAGCACUAGGGAAGAAAGAUAAUGUUGUGAGACUAUGGGAACUUUACAAGGGUCAGAUGAAAGUAUACAGUAAAGGUUAUAGAAUCAUGAUAACCUCACUCUUGAAGAUUGGUGACAGUGAGAGUGCCAAGAAGAUCUUUGAAGAGUGGGAAUCUCAGCAAUCAGUUUAUGAUGUUCGUAUCCCAAAUCACUUGAUUGCUGCUUAUGCCAGAAAAGGUCUUCUUGACAAGGCCGAAGCUAUUAUUGAAAGGGUUGUACUGAAGGGUGCGAAACCUGAUGCAAAGUCAUGGUAUUCUUUGGCAAAAGUGCAUCUUGAUCAUGAUCAAACUGAGAAGGCAGUUGAGUUGACGAGAAAAGCACUUUUGGCUGUGCAGCCUGGUUGGAAGACCAACAAGGAUGUUUGGGCUGCCUGUCUCAACUACUUGAUAAAGAAACCUGAUCCAGAGGGCGCCAAGGAAUAUAUAAAGCUACUCACUGAUAAGAAUGUUAUCACCGUGAUUACACAGGAGAGACUGUUGAAUAACAUAAAUAAGGCGGAUUCAAACUCUGUAACACCAGGCGAAAUGGAAGGGGAUGGUCGAAAUGGAGAUGAAGAAGCAAGUGAAGUUUCAGAAGUGGAGGGGAGUCGUAGCUGCUAGCAUCCAAUAAUGAAAAUCUUGUCGGACACAUAUUGUAUUAAUUCCUGAAAUUUAGGUAGCAAAUGCAAGUAAAGUGGAGGUACUUGCAUAAAUGGUAAUGAAUAUUUUCUGGGGAAAGUGUUUUGUUUCUUUAUGUCCGACAAUGAAGUGUAGUGCAACAUUGAGGAUUAAAUGGAUUUUCUAUUAAUAUAAACAGGUAACAGUUGAUGCCAAAUAACGUCAGUGAAGUUUAAUAGCCAUUGUAUUGAGAGGGAGAGAGAGAGUGAAGUUUAAUAGCCAUUGUAUUGAGAGGGAGAGAGAGUGAAUGGCAGAGUUGUGUGAGGAAGCAUGAAUGAUACUGUUAGAUGGAAAGCUUCCACGCCUAAGGCAAUGCUCACCAAAUUGGAAGCAGUGAACUACACAGUCAG